AUGGAAUAAUUAAAUAGUGAAGAAUAAGUAAUAAUUGAAGAGAUUAUUCAUUCUGAACAUACAGAAAUACAUAUAAUAGAAUAUAUAUGUUAUCCAUUUUAUUUAGCCUUAUUAUGUCUAUUAUGCAUCCUUAUAAACUUAAACAAGCGUAAAUUUAGAAGAAGGUAAGGCAUUAUGAUUUAUAAAUUAUAGAUAUCGAAUUGAUGAGAUAUUCCUCUUUAUUGCAGUAUAUUUAUUCAAUGUAUUGAUUACAUGGAAUUUUUUUGAUUUCUUUGACAAAAUAGUAAGAUUCAUAAUAACCUUAAUCAUUAUAUUUGGAAUUCAACAUUAUAUCGGAAGAGUUCAAAUUGUAGGUAUAACAGGAGGAAUUGGUUGUGGUAAAUCAACCAUAGCCAAAUACUUUAAUGAAUUCCUUAAAGUCUAAAUAAUAGAUUGCGAUUAAAUAGCCAGAGAUAUUGUAGAACCUGGCAAACCAGCUUAUAAAUUAAUUGUUUAGAGAUUCGGACUUUCCAUUCUAGCAGGCCAACAAGAUGGAUAACCUAUUGAUAGAUAGAAGUUAGCAGAUGUGGGUAACUAGUAUUGAUUAGCAUUUUCAGUAUUUUAAGAUAGUCAAAAAAGAAAAUAAUUGCAAGCUAUUACAAAUAAAUUCAUUUUUAAAGAAAUAGCUAAAUCUAUAUGGAAAAUAUGUUUUAUUCAAAAGGAUCAAUAUGUAGUGAUUGAUGCUCCACUAUUAUUUGAGAGUAAAGUUUUAGAAUAUUUCUGUUUCCCCAUUAUUACAGUUGUAGUGACUAGUCAAGAAGAAAUUAUUAAAAGGUUAUGUGAUUAUUUUAUUAUAGAGUCAAAGAAAGAAGUGGUUUAAGUUAAGAAUAAAUAUUACAUAGAAUUGAAUCAUAAAUGAAAGCAGAAAUUAAAAUAAAAAAAUCAGAUAUUGUUAUUACAAAUGAUAAAUCUGAGAAAUCAUUAAUAAGAUAAGUCUAAGAGAAAGUAUUUGAGUAUUUAAUAUGA